CUUCUCCUGGAGAGCAGAGAUCUGGCCUCAGAGUUGGGGAGCCCUCCUGUAUCUUUGUGCCAUCAUGGAUCAGUUCCAGGCCAUCCUGCCCCAGGUGAGGGCACUGCUCUCUAGUGCUUGGCCUGCCCAGGUACGGAGAUUUCUGGAUGGCCUGCUAGAAAAGGACCUUCUCUCCAAAGAAUAUCACCAGGCUCUGCUCCGAGAGUCUGAUGGAGAAGCACUGGCCAGGAAGGUUUCCUUGUCCCUGUUGGAGAAGUGGGAUCUGUGCAUAGGGACCCUGAUCCAGUGUGUGGGGUGCUCUGGGAAUAAGCUUCAGACCCCAGGGAUGGAUGGAGUCUCCUUAUCGAAGAGCCGAGCUAGCGGUCAGUGCACAGCCAUGGAAUCUGGGCCACUGUCAGAAGGAAGCUACUUGGGGCUGCUCCAAAGUGAGAUUGACCCCCUACAACUUUUCCAUUUUUAUGACCAACCCCUGCCUGGAGAAGAAGAGAUUGAGUUCACUUCAGAUCCUGAUACUGACACAAUCAACUGUGAUCAAGUGGACAGGCUAUGGAAUGCCAUAGAAAAUGAGGGGGCAGGAGAGGCCUAUGACAGGAUAGCUGCAUUGGCAGAAUACAUGUUCUCAGACCCACAUCCAGAGACUGAAGGUAUUUUUGGGAACAUUGACCCAGAUGAAGUGGUGAACGAAAAUAUAGAUGCAUUGGCUGAGGUGCCCCAGAAAUCACAGAAAAGUCAGAAAAGAUUAUUUAUGGAUAAGCCUGAGCCUCAGUCAGACACUUGGGAGACCAAACGCAGAAAACCAGAGACAUCCCCGGCCAUUCCUUUGGUAACCAACAAUUUAGUGACAGCAUCUUCCAAUGAUAAUUUGGUCCUGAAAGACUCUCUGUCUCCUCUCCCAGGCCAAGUUGCCAAGCCCAGCCUGCCCUCCAUGAAAGAAGCCUUUCUGGUGCCCAUGUCCUCAGCCAGUCCUGUUUUUACUUGCCUGAAUUUCAACGGGGGACCUAUCCAACUCAUCCCCACCUUUCCCACUCUGCCACAAGGCGUAUUCCAAUUCACAGUGGAAAACGGAGUCUCCAACAUCUUCUUUUACCCAGCCUCAUCAGGGGAUGAUGCCAUCAUACAGAGCCUCCCAGUAUCACCUGACAGGCCUGGCUCCACCAGUCCACUUGUUCCAUCAGCAGCAGAUAUGCCCAACAUGCCUGAGGCUUCAGCUCUAACUUUGCAAAGCAGAAAAACAGAUGUACAUUUAGAGCAGUCCCUGGAACAGCUUGCAACAAUUGUAGUAGAUUCUAACCUAGCUCCCAAACAGCCUGAGUCUGUGGAAGGGUUCUGUCGUGCUCUACAAAAGGCAUAUGGGGAUGUUCCAAAAGGUCAAAGCAGCUAUUACAUUGACAUAGAACUCACAAGAACCCAAGUGGAAAAAAAUAGCAAGUAUCAAGAGAAAGACCUGGCAAUCCAGGACUGGACAGAGAGACAGAAGGCUCGCGUGGGCUGGAGAGAAGUCUUUGCUCGCCCCAGUGGGCAGAAAGGGGAGACACAGGUGAUUGCAGUACUAGGCAAGGCUGGCUUGGGCAAAAGUGCCUGGACUCGGGAGAUCUGUAGGAACUGGGCCCAGGGCCAGCUUCCUCAAUAUGAAUUUGUCUUCCACUACAAAUGCCACGGCCUGAACUUGCCAGGGAAUGACUAUUGCCUGAAAGAUCUGUUUUUCAGACUCUGCCAUCACUCAUUGGAAGAGAGUGAGGAAGUCUUCAAAUAUAUUCUGAAGCACCCAAACCACAUUCUGGUCAUUCUGGACUCCUUUGAGGAACUAGAAGGUCAAGAUGGCUUGCUGCAUUAUCUGGCCAGCUCCUCUCCUAGGGAGCCCCAGCCCAUCAAAGGGCUGCUGGCUGGCCUCUUCCAAAGGAAGCUCCUGAGGGGUUGCACACUGCUGAUCACAACCAGGCCAAAAGGAAGGUUUAUCCAGUACUUGGCCAAAGUAGACAGCCUCUUGGAGGUGCAGGGCUUCUCUCCUGAGCAGGUAGAGGCUUACUUUGAAAAAUAUUUCCAGAGUUCACCAUCAGACAGGGAUGAAGCCUUGAGGCUCCUCCGGACCCAGCCCUACCUGCUCAGUCAUUGCUACAGCCCUGCUGUGUGCCUCUCCCUCUGUCAGCUGUGUGAGAAGGUUCUGGCUGCAGGAGGUCCAGCCCAACUCCCCUCCACUCUCACUGGGCUCUUUGUCAGCCUCUUCUGCUCAGCACUGAGAGCCAAGAAAAAAGGGACAUCAGAAACCUGGCCCAGGAGGUGCCUGGCAGGGUUGGCAGAGCUGGCAUGGGAGCGAGGCCAGAGACACUGCAGGGUCCUGAGAGAGGACCAGUUCCCCUCCAAAGAAGUGAAGGAAUUCACUGUUUCUGGGGACUUUAUGUGGCCAUUGCCAACAGCCAGGGAUCCAGAGAUGGUCUUCUCUACCUUUCUCCUACAGAACUUCCUGGGAGCUCUGAGGCUGGCACUGAGUGGGGAAGUAAGACACAAGGAGCUCCCCAGGUACAUAGCCCUGACCCCUAGGAAGAAGAAACCCUAUGACAACUGGCUGGACCGGGUACCUCACUUCCUGACUGGGCUUCUUUUCCAACCCCUGUCCUCCUGCCUUGGUCUCCUUGGUGGGGAUGAGCAGGUUGAGCUUGUGUGCAAGAGGAAGAAGGUACUCUUGAGCUAUCUGACACGGUUACAGCCUGGGACACUGGGACCUGGGAAGCUCCUUGAACUGCUGCAUUGUGCCCAUGAGGCAGCCGACAGACAACUAUGGGAGCAUGUAACAGCUGGGCUACCCUCCUACCUUUCCUUCUGGGGAGUUCGCCUGGCCCCACCAGAUGUGCAUGUUUUGGGAGAGGCCCUGAAAGCGGCUGGCAAAGACUUCUCCCUGGAUCUCAGAAGCACCUCCGUUGACCUGCAUGGGCUACGGAUCCUUGUCCAACUUGGCUGUGUCACCUGCUUCAGGGCAUCUCUGAGUGACACAGUGUGGCUGUGGGAAUCCCUUCAGCAAAGUGGGGAACAUGAACUACUCCAAAGUUCCACUAAGAAGUUCACCAUUGAUCCCUUCAAAGUCAAGUCCAUGAAGGAUGUGGAGGACCUUUGUAGCCUGGUACACAUCCAAAGCUCCGGAAAUGUCCCUACAGAGGCAUGUGACCCUCUCCCUGCCAUCAGAGACUUGAAGAAGCUUGAGUUUGCGCUUGGCCCAGGUUUGGGUCCCCAGGGCUUUCCAAAAUUGGUUAAGAUCCUUGCAGCCUUUUCCUCCCUUCAGCAUUUGGACCUGGAUACCCUAAGUGAGAACAAGAUUGGGGAUGAAGGUGUAACUCAGCUCUCUGCCAUCUUUCCAGAGUUAAAGGUCUUGGAAACCUUGAACUUGUCUCAGAAUUGCAUCACUGAUGUGGGAGCCACAGAGUUGGCCAAGGCUCUGCCAUCACUGGCAACAUCCCUUGUUACCUUGAGCCUAUACAACAACUGCAUCUGUGAUACUGGAGCCAAGAACAUCGCUAGUGUGCUUCCCAGUAUGGUGUCCUUGAGAGUCCUGGAUGUCCAGUACAACAAGUUCACAGAUGCAGGAGCCCAGCAGCUCACAGCCAGUCUGAAGAAAUGUCCACAUAUCGAGACACUGGCGAUGUGGAACUCCACUAUUCCUUAUGGAGUUCAAGAACACCUACAGCAUCUAGACUCCCGAAUAAGUUUGCGGUAGUACUGUAUUAACUCUUCAAAAAGGUAACUAGGUCUGAGGACCAGAAAUCCCAUCCAUCUAUCAGGGCUUCAGCUCAGGGGCCCAAAUCCCGCCUAGAAGAGCCUAACUUGGCUGCCAUAUUGGUUUGUAUCCAGCUAUUUCAGACUGGUCAGAGUUCUUCCUGAUCUCCUGCCAGAAUAAGGUCUCUUGGCUUGGCAAAAGGCCAUCAACAUCAGGGUGAUGAUGAAACACGGCUCCUGACUCUCUGAUGUAUUCAUCUGGCAGCUGUGGUAUGGAAGGUGAACUAAGGGAAGCAGCAUUUCCUCUUUCCUUUGACUGUCCCAGGAGGCAAAGGAAUAGGAUGAGAGAAAGAAGCACUUCCCGUCUGCUCCUCAACCCCAAUCCCUUCAGACAUCUAACUCUCAAAGAUGGAAAGAAGCUUGUUACACUGUGGUAACUGCACUUUGGCUGUUGGAUGUGUCAUUUUGCACUGAAUUUCCUAAGCAGAAGACUUUCAAGGCAGAGAUCUGGAAGCCCAUGCUGGGCUAGCCAAGAAACACUUGAGUAACAAGAUAUUAUAGAUAACAUUAAUUGUAGCGGUCCUUGAUCAAAGUUACACUAACUGGGGAAUGGGCUGGGGAUAGGGGUGCCUGAUAGUAUUUCAUUUGUAAUCAAAUCUACUAUUUUUCAAUCUGUUAGGAAAGCACAUAGAUGGAAAGAUGGAAGUGGGAGAUGGGAAUCUUCAUUUUAAGACAACUUGAUCAAGGAGGGAUGAAAGGGUUCUUGUAGAUGACAUUGUAGAAUGAAGUAAGAAAGGGUAUUUUUCAUUGUAACACAUGAUAAGCAGCUGAGUGUCAUUUGAUGAACCUGAUGGAGAAGUGAAAAUCUUUUUUCUGAGCUGAAAGAGAGGGAAAUUUCUAACUUCUCUACCAGCUUAGGCAAGAACCCCUUCAAAUUUCCGCAUUGCCUACAUGGAAGAAGGUGGAGAUCCCAGAGGAAAAGUGAGGGGGGCAGCUGUGUCUUCUUUCUUCUUUCACAUUGCUACACUGGAUACUAGGCUAGGAUUGAUUUUUCCUAUUCCAUCUGAUAAGAUGGCAAAGAGAGAAUGACAUUUUGUCUUUCCUACUGGGACUCUGAAGUUACUCUAAGUGUAAAGCGCAUGUGCACUAGAAAUAAAAUAUCUUCCUGAUAGAUUCUAGGUCCAAGAGCCUUUCUGGGAUUCUCAGGACCCAUUCAUUCAUCAGGGAACCCAAAUCUAUGCUGGAAGAGUCUAACUUGGCUUCCAUCUUGAUUUGUAGCCAGGCAUCUCAGGCUGAUCAACUGGGAAAUGACUGAACAAAUUCUGAUAUACGAGUGUAAUAGAAUAUCAUCUCACCAAAGAAAUGAUGACUAUAAGAAAUAUGAGAAGACAUAAGAACUGAAGCAGAAUGAAAUAAACAUAAGCAGAAAAACAAUAUACAAUAAAAGAAAAAGAAAAAAAGAAAACAAGACAGAAUGCUAUGUAAUAAUAAUGACUAACCUUCACCCCAGAAAAGAGAUAAGAAAAUGAGCUUUCCUCCUUUCAUUACAAGGUGGGAGACUAUGGGUGUGGAAUGGUGUUUUUGCUUUCAGAUUUGAUCCCUAUGUCAGGUGCUUUGCUUAACUUUUUCUUUAUUAUAAGGGGAAGACUCAUGGAAAGAAGCAAGGUGGGGAGAGAGAAUAAGGGAGAGGUAUAUCUGGAAAUGACUGAUGUAAAAAGAAAAUAUCAAUAAAUUUUUAAAAAUUUUAGCAUGUGACAGAACCUUACUAGAAUAAAGUUCUCUGAGCUUGCUAUUUUCCUCCAACUCCAGGUUUGCCUGGCACAACAGUCAUCCUUACAGAUGUAUAACUGAGAUUGUAGGCCUUCUAAAAAAAAAAAAAAGCCUUGGGUUUAGGUUGGAAGUAUGAUUCAAGAACUAUUCCCAUUCUGACAUUGUGAGUUGAAAUAAGUUCCUGAACUUCCCUCUCUUCAGGUUUUCUUCCCAAAAAUGAAGUCCAAUCUGGUCCAGUCUGUCAUUCGGGGGUGUAAACAAUGGGCAUAACCACCACACUCAAACAAUUCAUGACCUGUGACUCUCAACAUGGGUGCUCAAAGUGUGGCACCCCUAGGGAAAUGUAACUAUUCACAGAAAAAGAAACAGCCCAAAUUCUUAUUUCUACUCUCUGGAAAGCAUUUCUUGUUCUCUCUGGUUGUUCAAGGUAGCGUGACAAAGAUUCUCACUUCCUCAUGAGACAGUCCUGUGAUUAUUAUACUACAAUGGGGCAGACUUUCUGAAACAAGGACUCCAGAUCUAAGAGUGAAACAUUCCACUUAUUAAGGGAAUGGAAUUCUUGGGAACAUCUAGACCUUCAAGAACACUGGGCAGAAUGAAUCCCACCUUUAGAUCUUUAGAUCCUGUCUCUGCAUAUAUUCAGUAUCAAUAGAAGUAGGCAGCCACUUAUAUGUGUUGACAUCUGAAUUGCUAAUGUUGUUCAGUUGUGCCUGACUCUUCAUGACGCCAUUUGGGUUUUUCUUGGCCUAGAUACUGGAGAGGUUUGCCAUUUCCUUCUCCAGCUCAUUUGCCCUAGGAGGAAUCGAGGCCAGCAGGAUUAAGUGAUUUGCUCAAGGUCACAUGGCUAAGAAGUGUCUGAGGCUCAAUUUGAACUCAUGAAGAUGUCUUCCUGAUUCUAGGACCAGCACUCUAUCCAUUGCACCACCUAGCUGCCCAAAGUCUGGAUAAGAUAGUCAUUCCUUAGGGUGAAGGCACUGUCCAAAAAGAAUGAGCUGCUCUUAGAAUUUGAAAUUGAUUUAAUUUAAAAUUAAAAUGAAUUAUAAUUAAGCUGUUAUUAUCCAUUAACAUCUCAAUUUAGGUGAGUUUCUCAAGUCCUUUUGGAUGGACUGCUGACAAUGAGGUGACAAGUAAGCAGUUUUGUUAGGAGCUUGGGGAGAAAGAGCCAAACUUGGAGUGCUGCCUGAAGAUGCCAACAUUCUGAAGGAAAGGACUCUGGGACGUUGGGAGGAGGAGGAAAGAAGGCAUGGAAAAAGAGAUGGGAGGUUCCCAUGAUAAACCCAUGAGAAUUUCUUAUUGCCGGGGUUGGUCCUGCCUUCACUCUUCCCGAAAGAAGGAUCGGAAAUGGUCGGAUGAAGUUUUAUCCUCUAUCGGUGAGGUAUGAGCACCUUGGAUGCCUGUGGCAAAGUGCAGACAGUGCCCUUCUGGAAACUUGCUAUACAUGCCUCGCUGGAGGGUCCUGGUUCAUCUCGCCCAGUUGGAACCUAGGCUCUCUGGGUAAUUCUGGUGUGGGGACAGUGGAAAGAACUCUGAACUAUGAGGAUCUUUAAGUGUCCGUCCUUUUCUCUGAGUCUUAGUUCCCUCGUUUGUCAAAUGGAGAUAAUAUUUGAGCAACAUACCCUCAGAGAGCUGUUGUGAGAAUCAAAGGAGAGCAUAUGCGUGAUGUGUAAGAGGUGCAGUGGACAGAGCACCAGACCUGGAUUUAGGAGAUUCAUUUCAAAGCUCAAAUCUAGCCUCAGACAUGGAUGAGCUCUAUGCCUUUGGGCAAGUCAUUUAACCUUGUUUGCCUCAGUUUCCUCAUCUGCAGAAUGAGCUGGAGAAGGAAAUGGCAAACCACUCCAGUAUCUUUGCCAAGAAAACCUCAAAUGGUGACUAUUCUCUUACAACAAUGACCAAUAUGGAAGUACGUUUUACAUGAUAAUACACGUAUAACCCAAAUCAAAUUACUUACUAUCUCCAAAUGAGGGGAGAGGAGGGAAACAAUUGGAAACAUAUGUUGAAGAUUGUUAUUACAUGUAAUUGGGAAAAUAAAAUAUCUUUAAAUAAAAAAGGAAAAAGUAAAGAAAAUUCCAAGUGGGAUCACAAAGAGUAAGUCAUGAUUGGAACUACUGAAAAACAAAGCCAUCAGUCUUCAGCUUGGGCCAUGUUUAUACAUUUAAGGUAUAUGUUGAUGUGUACAGUUUUAAAUUUUGUUGAAAGCAAUGUUUUCUUUCUGAAAGAACAAAUUUAUGGUGUUGAGAUCAAGAGGCUAAUGAAGGCUUCAUAAGUAUUAUAUAAAAGGAAUAAUUUUAUCUUCCCAUUCUAUACAUUUCUCUAGUGAAUUUUAAUGCUAUAUAUGGCACAGAACAUAUUUUGUGGCUUGUAUAUAAAUUCAAAGUAUUAGCAACUUUAUUCAUUGUUAUUAAAAAUUCGAUUAUGUUUUUUAAAAAUUUAAAUGUUAGCUACCUUCUCUCCUAAAGGCACAACUUUGUUCAACAUGAGUUAGCUAUUCUUUCAAUACUGAUUCUCACUAAGGACCCCUUAGCUUAGAAUUAGUUUUAACGCAUUCACGGAACUUCUCCUUUUCCAGUUAAUGGAAAGCCCUUGACAAGAAGAUGGCAUUUCAUCCACACAGUUGGAAAUGUCUGUCAAGUGGCCUGCCUCCUGACUUAGCUUGGCAAUAAAAUACAUUAGCAUGCUGGAAAAUAGUUGGGGGCAAGAGGACAUGAUUUAAAAAUAGCUCAGUAACCAUCCCUUAGAAUGACAAAACAUUUCUCUCAUGUUCCAUUCUGAAGAUAAAACUAGCCUGCCCAGCUCUUAUCUUUUGAGAAGCCCAAAGUGCUCUUUUGGAAUAAUAUUUUGAACUCAAGUCACAUUUUCCCAACCUUAGAAAUUAGUGAACUAAAGACCAGAAAGGAUAUAUAAUUUCCAUAUAAUCACAUAGCAGGUAAGGGAGAAAAUUUGGCUUAAAAUCAGGGUCUCUUAAUUCUGCAUACUAUGUUUAAAUAUGCUAAAAUCUUGGGUAUGGGAUUUAAACUUUUUAAAAUAAAUUUCCACAUCAGUUUUUCAAAGUUAUAUGAUCCAAAUUGUCUCCCUUCUUCCCUCCCUGCUUCUGGAGCUGGCAAGCAGUUCAGUCUGGGUUAUACAUGUGUUAUCAUACCAAACAUAUUUCCAUAUUAUUCAUUUUCAUAAGUGAAUAAUCUCAUAAAACCCAAACCCCAAAACAUAUACCCAAAUAAACAAGUGAUAAAUUCUAUGCUUUCAUCUGUAUUCCUACUCCAAAAGUUCUUUCUCUGGAGGUGGAUAACAUACUUUUUCAUCAGUCUCUCAGGGACUUUUUACCUUCACCCUUCCCUUUGUUUGUAUUUUCUCUUAUUCCACUGACCUCUCUCGGUUUUCCAUUUCCAGAAAUCACAGGGAAAGAAACCAGAAAAGUUGGUCAGUAUAUCUGGGAUCUGUCUUCUCAACUGAGUUCUAUUUAAAUUCAGUUCCACUAUGUGUCCAUUUUCUUAGACUUUUUCUACCUACCUGAUGGGUUUGUAAUACAAUUCUGUUUGGUAACUGAGUUUAAACAAAUAUAAAGUAUCAUUAGUUAUUAUUGCUUAAAUUUCAAACUGAUAACUUUCAAAGUUCUUAAAAGAAUGAGCGCUUUUUGAGUUUUCAAUCACAUCCACAUGCAUCAUUAGCUGUUUUGCUGUUUUGAAUAAGUCCUAUAGGCUGGAAAUGUUGGGGGUCCUAAGGACCAAACCACAGUGUCCCGAAUGCUAAAUACUAAGCAGCAUUAUCAUACUUUCUGAUAGUCUUGGCCAACACUAAAUUUCCUGAAAACUGGUUUUUCUCCAUCUUAUUAAGGCAAAGUUGAAAAAAGGCAAGAUGCUACAGCUUGAUUCAAUCUUUUUCUUUUUUUAAUCAAAAGAAGAUUGCUUUCCACAGAGGGCUUUUACAGGUUUAUGGGAGUUGAAUUUAAAUAAUACUAUCAUUUUCAAAGUAUGUUGGGUUGGAUAAUUAAGUCAUUCUCUGGACAUGUUCCUCCAGUUCUCUUCCAAAGAACAGUUGAGAGAGCUGCAAAACCAAUGGAAGACAAGCAGAUUGAAAACAAAAGGGACAACCCACCAACUCAAACCUCUGGAACAUUCCCCUAAGUCUUUUGAUUUCAAGUCCCCACCUGAGAGCCUCUCUAGAACUAAUGUCCAACAAAAUUCUAAGCAUUUCAACUACUUUAGGCUUUAUUGACAACAAAUAUUGACAGAGACUACUCUUCAUUGCUAACCAUCUUUCCCCCAAAGUUGACCCUUCAAGGUACUGAUGCUAGAAAUAAUGCCAAAAGAAAAAAGCUUGGAUUUCCA